AUGGCCAACACUUCCGCCUCCACUAUCCUAGAUGAUAUUGCUGCUUCCCGGGCAGCCUUCGAGAACAAUGAACCUGGCUCGAGGGAGGCUCUCAUCGACCACAGUCGUGCAUUAAUCACGGCACUCGAGAUCCCAAGUGAAUUGUCCAGCGCACUUUCUGGGCAGAAGUUGCCCGCUCAAUCCGCUAUCAUCCGCCUCGCGGUCGAUGUCCAGCUUUUCCAGCACUUUCGAGAAUAUAAUAACAUUGGCCUAACCCCCGCAGAGCUGUCUCAAAAGACUGGGGAGAUCGCGAGCCCGUUAUUACAGCUGUACAAACCAGUGGGCCAGCUUCUACCUUUUGAGGCCAAAGCUCAUAACUUUUUCACGCCGCAGCCCAUCCAUGAUUUUGGAAAACCUGGUGCCUUCUCUGAAAAAGGGUAUUCGCGGGUGCUCCUGAAUGAGAUUGGGGUCAGCGAGAAGAACCCCACACUGGCGGCGACAAACAUGGACAUGAUGAUGCUGGCUCAUUUGUCUGUGAGGGAGAAGAUCGAGUCCGAGGGGAGGGGGGGCAUUCUUGCUCAAGCUGGACUGAAGGUGGUGCGCAUUUACAACUAUCCUGGUGUUACCACCAGUCUUGUUAAAGCAGAUCUGACGUAA